UCUCUCUAAUGCACCACCAUCCCUCCCCUUUUGUCUGCAGAACAUGGCCGACUGCUUCCUGGACGGAGACAUGCCUCUGGACUCCUUCAUCGACUCGUAUCAGAGCAACAGGAAGCUGGCCCACCUGCGGAGAGUGAAGAUCGAGAAGCUUCAGGAGAUGGUGAUGAACGGCCAUCGGCUCCCCACGGUCCCAAACUCUCGAUCUCAGGACGUUCCUUCGUCUGUCGCCUCGCUGAUUAACGGCAGCAGCGGAUCGUCUCCCGCCGCUCAACCCAGGAGGAAAAGCCCUCCGUCCCAACCGGCGCCAAUUCUCAACCAAUAUCCCGCCGCUGAACCCCCUGCUGUCUACUCUCCGUACCCGCCGAUUCCUCCCAGAACGGGUCAACCUUUCCCCAAUGUCUCCUCUGGAUACCCCGCCCACUUCAUGUCUCAGUACCCUCGCCCUCAGAGGCCCGCCCCUCGUCUGGCCCCGACGCCCGGCUUCAUCAUGCAGUAAACAACACUCUUGACUUUUUAAUCACUUUACUGGAAAAACUCCUCUUGAGAACUAUUUUUCUACGACGCCUUCUCGGGGGAAAUCACGGGAAACAAGGCGGACGUGCAGCGGCUGGUCGGGUCGCUUGAAGCAGAUCUUAUCCCCGAAAAAGUGGAUUUUCUUUUGCGCUCACUCCCCAUUAUUUUAACACUCCAGAUCGGCCUCGCUGUCCUGCGUCCCUCCAGAGGAAGCGCAGGAGGAUCUUUCUCUCAGCACCUCUCAAACAAGCUUUUCCGGAGCACAUUUAAAAAUAAAAUAUUUGAUUUCCACCCGCAGCAUAAUGAAUCACCGGUAUAUGCAAACAAAGAGAGACCCUAAUUACUGUGCAGGCUUCAGGAGAAUCUGCAUCUAUGCUGUGAUUUUAAUUUCUCUUUUUUAUUCUAAAUUCACAAGGUACAUAGGAACAUAUUGGAGCUUCUUUUUUAUAAAAUAUAGUACUAAUGAAGUUAAUAUUAGACUGAUAUUAACGUGUGUGAAGGUGUUUCUUCUCGGGGUGUCUCCUGGUCCAAGAGGGUCGAGCGUUGACCUCAGAAGUCAAAGGGAGUGGAAGAAGAGACGAUGAACUGUCGUAGUAAUCGAGGAGACGAGUGCAGCCUCGUGCUAAAUGAAGGAUUUUGUAUAGCCAUACUGAUGUUCUCCGUGGGUUCUUGUUGUCCUGCAGCACUCCUUUAUACUGUCCUCUGUCUUAAGCUGCGUUCACAACCGGACGUGGAGCGAAUGUUUGCCUUUAAAGUUUGACCGCGGCAUCGUUGGUGUUUACUCGCGUCACUCAAAGUAGAUGCGCUGUCGAGGAGGCGGGGCUUAUCUCCAUAUAGAUACCAACACUAACAUACAUGCCAUGGUGUAAAUGUAAUACACAAAAUGAUGCUGGAAUAACAUCAUACUGAUAUCGAUGCAUGUAAUGGAUAUCGAUCAGGCUAUGCUAAGCUACCGUAGCAGAUUCUCCGUUCCGCUCAAAAUAA